AUGUUCCUCGCUCGUGUCCUGCUCUUCGCCCUCGCCCUCGCCGGGAUCGUAGCAGUCUGCGCGUCCCCAGCCGGCAUCCCGCCACAGCCAGUACUACAGAACGCGCCACGCGCCACACACGCGUCGACGGAACGCCGAACCGGGGAGACGGCCACCCACGCAUCCGCACAUUCCACAGGUGCUACCCACACCGGCACCGGCACCCCAGGGACCUCACACUCGACCAGCUUCGCUGGCACGCGCACGGGACAGCCCUCUCCUCCACCACAGCUCCGUCAGCACCUCCUUCUCGCUGUCGCUUCCACCUCGACGAUCAGGUCAAUAUCGACCGGGGCACAUACCACCGCGACCGUGACGAGGUACUCAGUCGCGACUCGGACGAUCGCCGUGCCGGUGCGGCGCCCCUCGAAGGCAGCCGCUGUCGGGAUACAGGCGAAUCGCUGGAACGCGGCUGUCGGUGUGGGCGUCGGUGCCCUAGCUCUCUUCCUAUGA